AUGUCGAAUAUCACAGAAGUUACUAUCGAGUCUUCUGAAGUCGAGAUUAUAACUCCGUCCGCCGAAUCGAACGAAAAUUGUCGUGAAAUCUCGUCGGAAAGAAGCGGUCAGUUUCCGGCGUUAAGACGGCAUAGCUCAAUACCGAACACAGCGGUACAGACUGCGUCUUCGGGUGAUGCAUGGGAUUGCCGUCAGUCGCUUCCACGCUGCAGGAGCCGAUGA